CAACCACUCAUCCUGACAAUGUCCUAUGCGGUUGAAACGAAGAAGCGCAAAUUCCACCGAGUGCUCGAAUCCCUUACCAAACCUUCAAGUCCCGGAUCCAGCCAAUCCUCGAGCGUUGCGGCAGCUCAGCAUACCCCGUCUGCGAAAAGGGCCCGUCUAAGCGUGAAAGAUGAUAGCAUCCUUACAUCUGUGCGGAAAGAUGUCCUGAAGCUUGCACGAUCUGCGUCCCGCGCUUCGUCUGUAUCACCACAGUCCCGACCCAGCUUUGUUCCUUGGGACCGCGAGCGUUUCUUAGAGCGGUUAGAGACGUUUCGGCGGGUAGAUCGCUGGUCGCCGAAGCCAUCGGCGGUCAAUGAGGUGGAAUGGGCUAAACGUGGCUGGAUAUGUACAGAUGUAUCCCGUGUUACGUGUGUAGGAGGCUGUGGUGGCUCCGUUGUCGUCAAAAUCCCCGAUGAACUGGACGAGCUAGAUGGUUACGACGCCGAUAAGAUCCAGGAAAGGAAUGAAGUCCCCACCAUUCAUCGACUGCCUUUGACGAACCCGGAUAUCGCAAUCUCUAAUCUGCAGUCGCGAUAUUCGCAUCUUCUCAAAAUGGCCGACCAGUUACCUGAACCCGAUUCUUUGCAAGUACCGGUGGGCUUUAGCACCAGAGACACCAUAUCGAUUCUGCCACCUGGGUUACUACAGACAUCAGAAGAGCUUCAUGAGACCACGGAAACACAGCAGUGCCACUCAGACGACAAUCAGAAUCAGGAUCCCGUAUCCCAACCUUCGGUUCAAAGUGUACCCCAAAUUAACGAGGCGGCAUUUAUCCUAGCCUUUCUCGGAUGGGACUCCGUUGAUGGUACUCAGGGCCUGGCUGGGUGUGGUGCGUGCUUUCGGCGACUAGGACUCUGGAUGUAUAAGCCAAAGGGCGACGGAGAGGCUGCUGUCCCACUCGAUGUAGCCAGUGAACAUAUGGAGUAUUGUCCAUGGAUCAAUGCCAGAGCUCAAAGUGGUACAGGAAGACCCGCUGGGAAGACGGAUAAACUUCAUAGUGGGUGGGAACUUCUGGCCCAGGCGCUCAAAGUGAAAUAUCUGCGACAGAUCCGAUCGAGCACCCCUGUCGGGAGCCGAGCCGGAUCAGAAGCGCCAUCUGCAGACGAACCGGCGAUUGAUGAGCAGGAUGAGGAUGUAAAGAGAGCUAAAGACCGAGAAUGGUGGGCCAGGAUUAGACGGAUGAGACAAGUGUUGAACGUUAAAUCUCCGAAAAGGAAACAGUCUACAGCAUGA